AUUCGCGGAGUCGAUGAACAUAAAGGCGGAACGCGAGGGCGUGAGGAAAACAAGAAGGUCGUUCAGACUUGAUUUUAAACUUUGACACCUCGCUUAACUAAAUGUGAGACUUUCAGAUAUGUUUAUGUAAGAGAGACCGGAAAUGAGCAGGUAUAUCUUUAAUAUUCACACAGAUGUAUUCUUUAUGCUAAAAAUGGCUUCUCUGAGACAUUUGGUGCAUAGCAGGGUGCUGCUCCACCUGAGUGAGUCGCUAGGUGUGCGCAGCUCGGUGUUCAGGUGCGGCAGGCUGCUCAGCACCUCCAGCAGAUGCAGGACUGUCAUGCCCGCCUGGGUCAUUGAUAAAUACGGAAGCAAUGAGGUGUUACGGUUCACCAAGAACGCCAGUUUCCCCAUCAUCAGCUAUCCCAAUGAGCUGAUUAUCAAGGUGUUUGCAGCAGGACUCAACCCCAUUGAUGUCGCCAUGAGAGGUGGCUACGGUGCAGCUACAUGGUCCAUGAAGAGAGACCCUCUGAACAUUAAGCAGACAGGCAGCGAGUUUCCUCUCAUUCUGGGCCGGGACGUGUCUGGGGUCGUCAUGGAGUGUGGCCUAGAUGUGAAGUACUUCAGAGAAGGAGACGAGGUGUGGGCGGCUAUCCCGCCAUGGAAGCAGGGCAGCUUGGCAGAGUUUGUGGUGCUGAGCGCUAAUGAGGUGUCCCACAAACCAAAGUCUCUGAGCCAUGUCGAGGCUGCAGCCAUUCCCUAUGUGGCAGCCACCGCCUGGUCAGCGCUGGUUAAUACUGGCGGACUGAGAAAGGACAACUGUGCCAACAAGAGGAUUCUGAUCCUUGGAGGUUCCGGGGGAGUGGGAACAUUUGCUGUACAGAUGGUGAAGUCGUGGGGAGCCCAUGUGACUGUUACGUGCUCCCAGAAUGCCGAACGGUUCGUAAGGGGGCUUGGGGCAGACCACGUGGUGGACUACACUGCUGGGCCUGUCGAGGAGCUGCUCAGUGUUUUGGAGAAAUUCGACCUGAUCCUGGACAACAUCGGGGGUGACACGGAGCAUUGGGCGCUGAAGCUACUUAAGCCAUGGAGUGGCGCCAAGUACAUCACCCUCGUGACGCCCUUCCUGCAGAACACUGACAGGCUGGGUGUAGCUGAUGGCAUGAUGCAGACCGCUGCUACAGUGGCCACCAAAACCUUUAAGCACCUGAUGAAGGGGGUUCACUACCGCUGGGGAUUCUUUGCACCCAGUGGUCCUGCGCUGGAUGAAAUCAGGGAUAUGGUGGAUGCAAAGCAGGUCCGGGCUGUGGUGGAAGAAACUUUCAGCUUUUCACAGGUUCCUCAGGCCUUUGAGAAGGUGGAGAAGGGUCAUAACCGAGGAAAGACUGUAGUCCAGAUCAACAAAGGCGGUGACGACGUAUAGUGUUUGUACAUCUUGAAACCAACUAAAUAUAAAGGCCUCAGUUUACUGAGUGAGAGAGACAGACUUUCAUAGACUCAGCCCACAAAAAUGGAUUCUUGAUUUAAAUUUAGCUGCUUCCCCUUUGAGAUGUUCUCCUUGUGUACCUCUGGAGCAAACACCAAAUCCUGUGUUAAACCAUUCGGAGGAUCAUCGCUGUUAAUUAGCGAUGAGGACUCAGUGAACUUGUGUCACACGUUCAGACCACACAGGUCAGCAUGGAAAUGUUUGCUGGGGCAAAGAUGCCCUGGGUAUGCUGAAUUUGCUUGGUCGUACACUGCUCAGGUAAACCUAGUGUGUCAUGAGACUACUGCUGCUUUCGCUCAGGACACGGCUCAUUGUGGUCUCUUUUCCUCAUUAUCCCAAAAGCUUUAAUAGGUCUGUUAAGCUACCAGGAAGAACACUUAGUGUAAGGUGUGUUCAGUGUCUCUAUUCAGCAGUCUUCUCGACAUCUAGUCUUAGCUAAUAAAGUCCACGUGUCACUGUUUGGACAUCAGAGGCAAACAGAAGCCAUGCUGGAAGGUGUCCAGAGGUGCACAUGAAGAGGACCCUGAAGGGGAAAUCAAAUUUAAAUCGGGUAAGUGGGGUGAUUGCACCUCGUUUUCUAUCCAAAGUACAUUCAUGAAGUUUGUAUGAUUGCUUCUCUUCCACCAUUUGGCUUUUCUACUUUUUAUUGUCAAACAAUAAA